CUCUCCCAGAAACCCACCCAGAACCUCUGCCCCGACACCAUGGUCAACUCCUGUUGUGGCUCCGUCUGCUCUGAGCAGGGCUGUGGCCAAGAGAGCUGCUGCCAGCCCAGCUGCUGCCAGACCACCUGUUGCAGGACCACCUGCUGCCGGCCCAGCUGCUGUGUGUCCAGCUGCUGUAGGCCCCAGUGCUGCCAGUCUGUGUGCUGCCAGCCCACCUGCUGCAGGCCCAGCUGCUGCAUCUCCAGCUGCUGCAGGCCCCAGUGCUGCGAGCCCAGCUGCUGCAUCUCCAGCUGCUGCAGGACCACUUGCUGCCGGCCCAGCUGCUGUGUGUCCAGCUGCUGCCAGCCCAGCUGCUGCCAGACCACCUGCUGCAGGACCACCUGCUGCAGGCCCAGCUGCUGCAUCUCCAGCUGCUGCAGGCCCCAGUGCUGCCAGACCACCUGCUGCAGAACCACCUGCUGCCGGCCCAGCUGCUGUGUGUCCAGCUGCUGCAGGCCCCAGUGCUGCCAGUCUGUGUGCUGCCAGCCCACCUGCUGCAGGCCCAGCUGCUGCAUCUCCAGCUGCUGCAAACCCCAGUGCUGCCAGCCCAGCUGCUGCCGCCCCAGCUGCUGUGUGUCCAGCUGCUGCAGGCCCCAGUGCUGCAUCUCUAGCUGCUGCCGCCCUUCCUGUGGCAGUUCCAGCUGCUGUGGCUCCAGCUGCUGCCGCCGCUGCUGGUCCUGCGGAUUUCGUCCUGUGUGUGGCCAGGUCUCCUGCCACACCUCUUGCUACCACCCCACCUGUGUCAUCUCCACCUGUCCCCGCCCCAUGUGCUGCGCCAUCCCUUGCUGCUGAGUCCCUGCCCCGGGCUUCCCUUCACUUUUGUCAUCACAGAAGCAGAUCUCGGGCGUCUGAAGGAUGACCUCAGAGAGCACAUUCUCACUACCUGUGGCACCACAUGCUGGCCACAGGCGAAGUCUCUUUGGUUGAACUGAAUCAUUACACUACCUGUUAAGAAAUUAAUACGAGCUUCCAGGUCCUCUAAUUUGGAACAUGGAAAUUCUUGCAAGGCCAAUGGAAGCAAGAUCACAACCUCAGAACUGAGGGUCUCUCAGGGCCACCUAUUUCCUGUAGGCAAGGAGACUCCAGAUGUACCUGAAACUGUGUGUUUCUGGGUCUUACUGAUGCUCAUUUUAAAUAAAAGUAAACCUUUCUUGUCAUAGAAA